UUUUUUUUUUUUUUUUUUUUUUUUCCGGAGCUGGGGACCGAACCCAGGGCCGUGCGCUUCCUAGGUAAGCGCUCUACCACUGAGCUAAAUCCCCAGCCCCCAAGAAGUGAGCUUUUAGUUCUUACUAAAUUACUUGUAAUUACUUACAAAGAUGGGGGAAAAAACUGUGAUUUAGCACAAUACCCGUGCAUAUAUCAGCUUGAAGUAACUGAUAAGAUGUAUGUUAAGCAAUGUGCGUGCAUUUAGGAACAGUCCUUGUAAAAACUCCAGGAAACUGGAUGAGACACCUAAUGUCAUUCACUCAGGUAGUAAAAGGUGGUACAUUUAGCGGCCCACUUGUCUUUUUUUUUUUUUUCUUUUCUUUUUUUUCGGAGCUGGGGACCGAACCCAGGGCCUUGCGCCCACUUGUCAUUUUUUAAAGGGCUAUAAUAUAUACAUUUAUCCAUAUACAUGAUAUAUAUAUAUAUGUGUAUGUGUAUGUAUGUAGUAUAUAUCUCAUAUAUAUCAUAUAUGUGAUAAAAAUGAUAGCCUUGAAGCAGGGCAGUACCAAAAUGAACAGGGACUGGUGACAUCUUGUUUAAAAUAGUAACUCCGUACUAUAGAGGUGUGAACUAGCAUGCCUGCAUGCGUAUUUGUUCUUUCUCCCAACUAGGAUGGUGCUCUAUGAAAAUGAAGGGCAGUUAUCCUAGUACUCAGGCCUAACUGCGUGUUAGCUCUCUAUGCUGGCACAUGCAGAUGUUCCUGGCACCUACCUUACAUAUGUCUGUGUUUGCUCAUAACAGACGCUGGGCUAUACAUCAUACAGAUGCCCUGUAUGGCCCUAUUUGGGGCUAAGGUUAGGACUUAAGUGUAUUCUUGGUUAAUGGUUAAAAGCUUCAAUUCAUUUUGGCACCUGAAGAAUUAGUUUCAUUACUGAUUUGGGGUAGCUUUUUCUUCCAUUAUUUUUUUUUUUUUUUGGUUCUUUUUUUUUUUUCGGAGCUGGGGACCGAACCCAGGGCCUUGCGCUUCCUAGGUAAGCGCUCUACCACUGAGCUAAAUCCCCAGCCCCUUUUUCUUCCAUUAUUAAAGUGGCAUUUCUCUGACUUUCAGUUUUUCAAACUUAAUGGAUUUGUUCUUAGUUGAAAUGGCUGAUGGCGUACAGUGCUCACCAGAGAGAAUAACAGUACUGGGGGCAGAUGUAGCCCAAUGGUAGUCAGUGUGCUUGCCUGCACAUGCAAGACUUGUUCGGGCUGCUCCCCAUGGUGCUGUGAAUGUGAAUGACUCCAGUAGGCUCAUAUACUCCAAUACUUGGUAUCCAUUUGGUGGAACUGCUUGGGAAGGAUUAGAAGGUGUGGCUUUGUUAGAGAAGGUGUGCCACCGAGGUGCUUCGAGGUUUCAAAUGACUCCUGCCACUGAGCCUCUCUCUGCUAUGUGGUUCUGUCUCUAGAUGUAAGUGCUUAGCUGUUCCAGGGCCAUGCCUAUCACCGUGCUCCCACUGUGAUGGUUAUGGACUCUAACUCUCUGAAACUAUACAAUGUAGGCACACUUCCUUUAAAGGCUGUUGGCCUUUUCAGGCAGGUACCAGCACCCACAGAAGAUGAUUUCCAUUAAACUUUUUUUUUAAUUUUUUUAAGAUUUUAUUCAUUUAUUAUAUAUAAGUACACUGUAGCUGACUUCAGACACACCAGAAGAGGGCAUCGGGUCUCUUUACAGAUGGUUGUGAGCCACCAUGUGGUUGCUGGGAAUUGAACUCAGGACCUCUGGAAGAGUAGUCGGGUGCUCUUAACCGCUGAGCCAUCUCUCCAGCCCUUAAACUUUUUUUUGAAUAAAGGCGAGUUGCUGUGAUGCAACCGUUUUCAGUCAUUGCAUCCAUGUUUCUGAUGGCUGCCUGCUUAGCCCUCUUAUGUGUAUUAAAAUGUUCAGAAGAAUGAAUAUGAAUAUUCCACUGCACUCACGAGUCCUUUGGAACCUUCCUUAAGCAAGCAGUUGUCAGUUCCAUGGGCUCUCACUGUCUGCAUGCACACAUUCACCUGUUUAAGAAAACCAAGCUUGGGGCUGGAGAGAUGGCUCAGAGGUUAAGAGCACCGACUGCUUUUCCAGAGGUCCUGAGUUCAAUUCCCAGCAACCACAUGGUGGCUCACAACUACCUGUAAUGGGAUCCGAUGCCCUCUUCUGGUGUGUCUGAAGACAACAACAGUGUAUUCACAUAUAUAAAAUAAAUAAAUCUUUAAAAAGAAAGAAAGGAAGAAAGAAAGAAAGAAAGAAAGAAGGGAAGAAAGAAAGAAAGAAAGAAAGUAAGUCUAUUGCAGAGUCCAUGUCAGCGUUUGCUGCACCAUCAGUGUCUGCUGUGCCUCCUCUCUCUCUCACCCUGUCUUGGCAUUUGGGGCAUGCUUAUUAGUUAGUCUUUAGAAUUACGUAAACUGUUUUGUAUGUGUGUGUGUAUGUAUGUAUGUAUGUAUGUAUGUAUGUAUGUAUGCAUGUAUGCAUGCAUGCAUGCAUGCAUGUAAUUUUGAGUCAGGACGUUGACUACCUUUCCCAGUCUGGAACUCACUGUGUAAUUCCUGGGCCUCAGACUCCUGGGUAGGGUCUGUCUUACUGCCGUCAUUAUAGAGUAGCGCUCACCAUGACUUCUGCGUUGGGAUAUCUAUAACAAAUGCAGCAUGGUGUGAACUACGCCUUUAUUACUGCUCAGAAAGUCAUGGAGAAGCUGGAUGUGGCACACCUUUAGCCCCAGCAUUCAGGGUGGGGGUUUGAGGGGCAGAGGCAGGAGGAUCUCUGAGUUCGAGGUCAGUUUGGACUACAGAGCAAGCUUGAAAACCUUGUUUGAAAAAUAAAAGUUACAGCAAUGAUAUUGAAUAAUAUUGAACAUGUUGAACUUCAUUUAGAAACCAGUGAAGCAUUGCUAAUUCUCAUCCAUGUAUUUACUUAUUGUUUACAUUUAUUUGUGGGUGUGUUCAUGUCCCCCAUGGUGCAUGUGUGGAGGUUAUGGGAGGUCAAACUUGAGUUCAUAGGUUUUGUCUUAAGUGUCUCUAUCUACCAAGCCGUCUUGCUGGCUGGGUUUGUUAUUUAACUGCCCCUAAACAUUCCAUCGGGCUCUCUUCCUGUAUAUCAGAGGUUCUUAAACCAUGGGUUUUGACCCUUUUACUGGGGUUGCCUACGAGCAUAGUAAAACAGGUGUUUACAUUACGAUUCAUAACAGCAAAAUUACAGUUAUGAAGUAGCAACAAAUAUAACUUUGUGGCUAGGAGUUACACUGUAUUAAAGGGUCGAAGCAUUGGGAGGAGGCUCUGUAUUCUACUGUAUAUCCUUUUUUCUCUACUAACAACAGAGUUCUGACAGUCAUUUAGAAUAUGUCCUGUAGGUGCUGGAGAGACGCUCAGCAGUAUUGGCUCUACCCUCCCAAAGGAUCAAUCAGUGUUGGGUUUCAGCACCCACAUGGUGGCAAACAGCCAUCCAUAACUUCAGUUUCGGGAGAUCCCAUGUGGUCUCUGGCCCCUGUGGGUACUGCACACACUGAAUGUGGUGCACAGAUGUACAUGCAGGCAGAACACCCACACACAUGAAACAAUCAUUAAAAACAUGCCAUAGGCAAACAUUAAAAUGUGAUAUAUACUAAGUUUAAUUGUGCCAUAUAUUAAUUAAGCAUUAAAUGCAACUUUAUGAUGCCUGAUCCAGUUUUUUUGUCACACACACACACACACACACACACACACACACACACACACACACACAAACACUCUCAGUGUGGUUUGUCAAAGAUAGAGGACAACUUGCAGUCGUCCAUUCUUUCCUUCCACCUUGUGGGCUCCAGGGUGGAACUCAGGCUUGGUGGUCCACACAUUUACCCCUGCCUAAACCAUCCUCCCGUCAUCUUCUUUCAUUUAAAGACUAUUGCUGUUGUGUGUCUGUGACAUGUAUGUAAGCACACACGUGCCAUGAAGCAAGUGUGGAGGUCUGAGGACAGCUUUCAAGAGUCGGUUCUCUCCUGCUGUGGGCUCUGGGAGUCAGACCCAGAGUCUCACUUGCAUGGCAAGUGCUUUUAACUAUUUGACUAUCUUUCCAGCCCCCCUCCCCCUCCCUCCCUCCCUCCCCCCUCCCUUCCCACCCUCCCUCCCUCCCUCCCUGUGCAGCACUAGGCAGUGCACCGAGGGUCUCACACAUCUAAGCAAGUGUUCUACACUAAAGCUCCCAGCUCUGCUUUAAGUGGUGAAAAACCACCCUGUCAAAUGUAUUGUGCUAGUUUUCCCGCCACUUAGCUUCAUUGAACCUUAUACUGAUUUGAGGUUCCCCCAUCUGUAUGACAGAACAUCUCUUUUUGGAAAACAUUGCUUUCCACGUCCGAGCAUACACUGGAGUUAUCUGAAGGGUUUGUAAAAAUACAGACUGCUGGCUAGAAUUUUUUGUUCUUCAAAGUGAGGCCUUGUUCUGUUUGGUGCUUAGGCUGGCUUCUAACUUGUGAGGUCAAAUGAUUCUCCUGCCUCAGCCUUCCUAGUACCCUGGGCCACAGCUGGCCACCACCACACCUGGAGUGCAUGUUUCUGGUUUUGUGGGUGUGUGGUUUGACUUUGACAGCUUUCAGUCUAAUAAGUCUUUAGGUGAGGUUAAUGCUGUUAGUCACAGGACAUUGUGGAUAAUCUCCCUUGACUACUGGGGACAGUCAGGAGGAGAGCGCUGCUGUCGCUCUCAAAGUCCAGUGAUCACUGCAGUCUACUCUGAUACAAGUACUACAGUAGUAGUGGUGUGUGUCCUUGAAAGAAUACGGUGCAUUAGUAACCCUAAUUCUUAAUGAGGACUGUUGCAGUGGCUCAGUGACUAAGGGCACUUGACCUCACACUUGGAGAUGUGGGUUUGGCCCCUAGAACUCACAUGGUAGAAGGAAAGAACUGUCCCUGGACAUUGUCUUCUAGCCUCCACACUUGGACCGUGGCAGAGGCACCUUUCCAACAUGCAAUGAAUACAUGCAAAGUAAGUAAUAAAGUUUAUUACCUGUUAUAUGUCCCAUACAACUUAAGGCAUGGGCCACAGUGACAGACAAGAGAAGCAGUUCCUGCAUCUGGGGACUUAAUGCAGGGAACAUGUAAGUUGAUCAUACCUUAAAGCUUUGUGUCUUAAAUCAGAUUACAUAAUAACCGACAGUCUUCUUUAGAUGACAUUUGGAAACAGACUGAAGUAAGCUGGUGGGUCAUUGUCCUCAAGCAAUGGAGGCCGGAAGCCUUGUCCCAUCCAUCCAUCCCCUUACAAUGGAGAUGCUUAACCUUAGUGUAAGCCACAUUAAAUUCCAUCAUCAAAGCCAUACAUGCUGAUGCUACCUUUAAUUGAAGCAUUUGGGAGACAAUGGCAGGUGAAGCUUCAUGAGUUUGAGGCUAGCCUGGUCUACAGAUUGAGUUCUAGGACAGCCAGGGCUAUAUAAAGAGACAGGGGAACAAAGGUAUUAAAAAAAGAAAAAUAAAUGAGUAAAUGUCACUGUUGAGGACAUGGUUGACAGGUAACUGCUUUAGGGGCAGAGAAGCUAGUAAAGUCAAAUCAGAUAAGCUAACGUCCUAAAUGAUGCCAUCAGUGUGUGUGUGUGUGUGUGUGUGUGUGUGUGUGUGUGUGUGUGUGUAAAACCUGGUGUCCCUACCUUUCUCCCUCCUUUCUCUUUUUCCCUUUUCUCCCUUUAAAAUCUUUCAGGUGAGUUCUAAUUGCACACAGGAUGAAAUUCAGUAGAUUUUUAUUAUUUUUCUUUGCAGUGCUCACUGGGAAUUAAACUCAGGCCCCAUCAAAUGCAAUGCAAUCAUCCUAUAGCUAAGCCAACCUGUAGUGUUGUGGCUGUGGCGAUGGUGGCGGCGGUGGUGGUGUCGGUGGUGGUGUUUUGGCAAGUUCCUUCCUGCCUUGGCUUCUCCCUUCCAAGGCUGGGACCGUGUGUCACUAUUGCCUGGAAUUACUUUGGGACUGAGACUCUGAAAUUUGCCUCCUUUCAUAUGCUUAGAAGUAGUAAGAGCAAACAAAACUAAAAACAACAAAAAUAAAAACAAAAAGCCCAACAAAACACAAAGUUUCAUUACUAUAUUGCUAGUUAUUAUAUUGCUAUUUUAUUGUUCUGAGGGUUUUAUAUAUUAACAUAACUCACGACAAUGCCGUGCUAAGUAACUUCUGAGUGUAGAAGCAGGUAUUUAAGCGGAGAGUGUGCAGGCUCCAGAGCCCACCUUCAAGGAACAUACUGUGACGAACUGUCCUAUCCUACCCCUUCUCCACACUCGUACACACGCACUGGCUUUAACCGCUUCUGUUAGUCUAAUUCUGUUGGGCGUUGGGCUGCAGAGAUUGUCCAGUGGUUCCGAUCCUUGACUGUUCUCUCAGCAGACCCAGGUUUGAUUCAGCACUUGUUGCGCUUGCUAGGCAAGCGCUCUACCGCCGAGCUAAAUCCCCAACCCUGUGGCUCAAACAUCUUAACUCCAGUUCCAGGGCAUCUGGUGCUGCCUUUGACCUCCACACACACAACUUGAAAGGUGGUGCACAGACGCAUGCAGGUUACACACAUUUCACACACUUGAAAUAAUUUAUGUAUACACACACAAAUUUAAAAAUGGAAAGCGUUCAGAAAGUUCCUAGGCCUGGAUAUGUGCUAGUUUUUUUGAGUAUUUAUUUUAUGUCUGCGAGUGUCAGUCACACGUGUGAAGCUUCCUUUGUGAGGGCUUUGGAUCUCCUGGAGCUGGAGGUGUAGACAGAUGGUUGUGAGCCACCUGAUGUGUGUACUGGGAACUAGAGUGGGGUCCUUAAUGCUUGAACCAUUUCUUCAGCCCCACUAUAAGCUGUUUGCUUCCUGGAACAAAUUGCCUUCCAUUGUUCAGUUUGUCUUUUGACGUUUUUAUCAUAGGCUGGCACCUGCAGCUUUGAGAUAAACGAGGCUACUACGUGAGGUAGUAAAUACUUUCCAAAAAUCCCAACCAUUUCUCGUGGUUUGAAUGUGAGGUUAGUGUAAAUGCAGUGGUUUUGUGCAGGGGUGAAGGAAAAGUGUGGGGACUGUGAAUGAGACUUGGGAGUGGGAUAUUGGCGUGCGGUUGGUUCAGUCUGGCUGUGGUUUGGCGCCAUCUGGUGGUGCUCAUGUGUUCUUAUAGGUCGUCUUUGUUAACUGGAGUAGCAGAUGGGAAACAAAUUGCAACCUUUUGUUUCUCUUGUUCUUUUUGAGCUAGGGUAUUGUGUAGUUCAGGCUAGCCCCAGACAUUUAGUGUAGUAGAGGAUUAUUUAAACUUCUCACCCUGGCUCCCUCUCACUUCUCAAGUGUAGAUUACAGGCAUGAGCCACUCUGCUCAGCCCUUGAAUGCAUUGACUCUAAGACACACCCCCCCCCAAACCCCCAGUAACAACAUCCGUACGGCACCUGUAAUCCCAGUACUUGGGAGGCCGAAGCAGAAGGAUUGUAAGUUCAAGACCAGUCCAGCUACACAAUGAGGUCUUGUUUUAAAAAAGAAACCUCACUGCCCUCAAGUUCCUUGUCAAACAGCAGUGUUUCCAGUGUUUUCACCACUCUGUACUCACGUCAUGUCAUGCUACACCUAGUGAAUAGUUGUUGUGAGGAAGAGGACUGUCGUGGUAGUACUAAUGCUAUCCCCUCAAGUAGUUUCAGUUCGUAGGUGGUUGAACUCAAGGAUGCGAGCUCACUGGAUUUCGAGGGGACAGCUGACUUCACGUGAAUUCAUGUAGUCAUGAACUUUUACCCAGCCGGAUUUAUUUGCAUUUAUUGGAUUGAAUUUUCAUGAUGUGCUCCAUAAAAUUACAAUAGGCUGUUUUUAAUUCAUUGGGAAGAAGACGUAUCGAUCCAGGACAGAGCACUGAGAAGUCUGUGGUUUAUUGAGGAACUGUGCAGUUGAUGUCCUUGCUCUUUAGCCGCUGCAUAGCUGUGGUCAGAGAGGAAGCUAGAAGGGAUUAAGUCCAACAAUGUGAGUAAGACAAGUGGGAGCUUCCACACCAAUGGGGCCACACGUCCUGUGGUCCUCAUCACCCGGAGGUUGAGGCAAGAUGGUCAUGCGUUUGAGCCAGUGUGGGCUAUGGCCCAGGAUCAAAACCAAACCAAAAUUAGACCCAAGAAAUAUAGUUUGUAAAAUACUAAACUGGGCGUUAGAUUAGGGAAUACAUUUUUAUCCAACAAAUGAGGAAAAUGAUAGGUGUCAGAAUCAUAAGCCAGGAUAACAGAAGUCCAAAACCGUCACAUUCUACCAGGGCCCUUCACUGGGACCUUAAACACAUCUGUUCUUCACAAUAGACUCAGCAAUGUAGACCAAAAAGUAGAAACAGGUGACACACAACACAACCAUUCAAACAAGAACGAGGGACAUGGCGGUAAUCAAAAGAGGUUAGGGUGGGCAUCUUGAAUUAAGAUUAAGGCUCUCGGGCGAGGAGGAGUUCUGAAACGUAACCAUUACCUGAUGUGCAUUUAAGAACAGCUGUGACGCAGAAGCGGGAAACCAAGGUGGAAAACAGUUGUCAUGAUUAAGUAGUAGUACUGGGGGCUGGGGGGAGAGGUGGUCCAAUGGUUAGGGCGUUUACUGCUUUCCCAGAGGACCCGAGUUCAGUUUGCAGCAUGGCUCCACGUCAGUUGGCUCAUAGUUGCCUGUAACCCCUGUUCUUGAGGAUCUUUAGUCUUGACAGAAAUGUACAAGUAUACGGCACAUACUCACACAGACACGUGGAUUAAAAAGAAGAAUCUGGCUGGGUGGUGACAGAACACACCUUUAUCCCAGCACUCGGAGAGGCAGAGGCAGGUGACACAUAACACUCAGAUGGAUCUCUGAGUUGGAGGACAGCCAUGGCUACACAGAGAAACAAAUUCUUUCUUGAAAAACAAACAAAUGGGGGGGGGGGACCAAAACAAACUGACAAACUAAAAAAACACAAAACAACAAUGAUACAACAACAGAAGGAAGGAAGGAAGGGAGGAAAGAAGGAAGGAAGGAAGGAAGGAAGGAAAGAAGGAGAGAAAAAUCUUUAAAAAUAAAGACAGUGGGGGUAAAGGUACUUGCCCAAUCCUGGCAGCCUGGGUUGGUGCCCAGGACCAUGUGGUAGGAGGAGAGAACCCCUGUACACUGACACCCUUAAGUUGACUCCUGCCCUCCACACGUGCGCCGUGGCCUGAGCAUGGUCACACAUGUGUGAUUGUGUACAACACACACGAUAAGUGAGCAUAAUAAUUAAAGAAAGACAGACUAGAACCUGUUUCUAUACAUAUUCUGCGGUGCUGGGGAGAUGGAUCAUCCAGAUGGAGACUCACAGCCAUGCAUAACUCCAGUUCCAGGGCAUUUGAUGGCCGCUCUGACCUCAGCAGGACCCAGGCAUGUACAUGGCACACAUGUAUACACGCAGUCAAAACAUACAUGCUCAUAAAAUAAAACAAGUCUAAGAAAAAUUAGUUCUUGGAGAUGAAGAUUAGUACAAGCUAUGUUUCGUACCCCAAUGUUAAUAAAGUACUGACAGAAUGACACCAAGUACAGUAGCCAAUAGGGACGGACUAUAGGUUUUCAUCUUUCACUUGCUCUAUUUGAGAUGGGGUCUGAAGUAGCUUAGGCUGGCCUCAAGCUUUUUAUGCAAUGGAGCCUGACUUUGAAGUCCUUCCCUGCCUCCGACCUUGUAGGUGCUGGAAUCACAGCAAGCGGGAAGGUAAAAUACACGUAAUUGCGAAACCUUCAAACCAGAUAAAGAGAAAUGACAUCACUAUUGAUGAAAGACAAACCCGAGAAAAUGGAUGAAUGCUCUAAAAGUUUAAGGAAAAUAAGAGCAAUAAUGCAUUCCAGAGUUAAAGAAAAUCUGCAACACACCCUUUGGCGUACAGCUGGGGUCUAGCUCUGGCGCUACUUCAUGUUCUUUUGUUUCUCCUUAAAUAAACUUAUCUUCUUUCCAAUGACAAAAAACAUAAGUCAAAGCUUGGAUGGUGGCACACGCAUUAGUCUCAGCACUAAGCAGGCAGGUCUCUACGUUCCAGGACAGCCUGGCCUACAGUGAGUUCCAGGACAGCUGGGACUACACAGGGAAGCCCUGGCUCACCACCACCCCCCCCCCCAAAAAAGGAAAGAAACCCCCCCAAACAAAACAUAAGUCCAAAGAAGACUUUAAACGAGCUAUUGCUAAAGAGUCUGAAAAUUUAUAAAACAGAUAAUGCUGAAAAUGUAUGAGAUGGUGGGGGCAGGGGAGACGGUCAGUCAGAAGGAAAGCUGGAUGGAGAAAGCUGUAUGCGAGCUACUGUCCUGCAACCUCACUAAGAAUAGCAUUAAAGAAAACACUGAAGAUGCCCAGCAUGGCUGACGGUGCUGCUCCCAGAGCCUUGGUUCACUAAACGAAAGUCCCUUUUCAGGAGUGGGUGCCUCUGUGUGAGUUGUUGGUUGGCAGUCCCCAGAGUCCCCUGGGACAGAAUUGGCUCUCGCCACUCCUGUUGACUGCCUGCCUGAACUAGGUAUUGAGACCCUGCGGCUGAAGACCUAUACUUUGGUUUCAAGGCCCAGAGAAUAAUUGGAACCGAGUUAGAAACAUCGUCUGCUGGCUACUUUCUCAAGUGCUGGAUGGCAUCGUGCAGGUUGCUGGGAGAGAAAGGCCUCAGUACUUUUCUACAGCUAUGAAUACUGUGAACUUCCAAACAGCCUGCUAGGAGAGUGUGUUCACUGUCUCUGCUUGGAUUUGAGGCCAGUAACGCAGAACCCAUGCAUGGAACUUUAAACCUCAUCAAAAACACAUGGCCGGGAGUUACAGGCACGAGUGGCGAACUUAGUGCUGCUGUUUAAAUUGACAUAGGGUCAGAGUGCCUUAUGAGCAUAGCAUCUGGGCUCACGCCCACGGACGAGCUUCUCUUUGCUGUGAGCUGUGGUGAAUGUAGAGCCCCACAGCUGCCCUAGGUGCUGAGAAUAAAGGAUGAGUGCCCAGACCUAAACAAGGCUCAGGGAGCACCUCGGAGCAUGGGGGGUGGGGGGGAAUGCAAGAACUGCCAAGUAAGGAGAAGGGCUGUGUGCAAAAUGCCGCUGUGGGCCGGUUACCUGCACUGGGAACUGUGCAUGACUAGCUCUGUGAACAGGCAGUUGUGGAUGGGGGAUGAUUCAAGGGUCCCUACCCCUCCCUGCUGGACUGCUAGAUGACGACACGUUCUAGGAGGGGAGUCAUUGCUUUUAGUUGUGAACCUGUUGUGAGGUCACCAUGCUCCAGUGGAGAGUUCCAAACCCAUGAUCACACAGAUGGCCUGGACAGUUAAAUUCAGUGGUUCACAAGGCAUUUCCAAGGAGGAAGGGGGAUAACAGGACUAGAAAGAAAAGUAUAAUUAGAAUGCAGUUUAUGCAUGUAUGAAAUAUUGACAAGUAAGAGAAUUCCUGUUGGAAUAUUUUAAAGUGAUAUCAGAACUGUGAGAUACUCAGUGGGUAAAGUGCAUGCUGUCAAGCCUGACAUCCUAUGUUCACUCCCUGUAGGUUGAGGAGGGGUGUUGAGCCUAACAGUUGUUCUCCGACCUCUUACACAUGUGCGAUGGCACGUGCCUGCCUCUCCCCACAAUAAACAUUUAAAAUAUAAUAAAAAGAAACAUAAAAAUUUGGUGGCAUUCUUCUAUGAUCAUAGCUUCAUCAAUUCCAAAUACAGAUGGAUAAAGUCCAUCUAAAAACACAGUGAAUUCACAGUAAGAUUGCAAGGGAGGUUUUGAUGUUCGAAAAACUGUUAGCGAUGAAAUCACUAUGAGAUUAGACUGAAGGAAAGAAACCAUGUGACGGUUUCAGUAGAUGUAACACGCAUUUGUUAAGAUGUAUUGUCUACUGAGGGUAGAAACUUGAAACUUGAAACCUCAUAAGGGGUAUUACUAGAAAUGUACAGUAAGCUGAGUAUGGCGGCCCAUACAUUCGCAGUAUAGUCAAUAUCAUUUACAUUACUUACAGUAAAUAUCACUUAAUGGGAAAGAAGAUUGUCAGGUAAUCACAGGAUUUGGGGAUUUGGGGAGGAGCAUCUCAAAUUCAAGGCAGCCUGGAAUAUACAGCAAGACUGUCUCAAAACAAAACAAAACCAAAAACCAAAAAUAAACCCCACAAACUUACAGUAAAUAUCACUUGUCAGGUAAUAUCUUUACACGUUAGCGUUACUGGCGGUCCUAGCCAACGCAAUAACACAAAGGGAGUUUCUUGCUGUGAUACAACACCUUGACCGUGGCCAAAAGCAAUUUGUGUAGGAAAGGGCUUAUUUCAUCUACGGUACCAGGUAGUAUCCAUCCCAUCGCUGAGGGAAGUCAGGAGGAAGACUCAAGCAGGGCAGGAACUGAAGCAGGCGUUGCGUGCUUGCUGGCUUACUUCCUUGUUUUGUUACAGUUCCAGGACCAUCUGCCCAUCAUGGCACCACCUGUAACAAGAGCCUGGGCCCUCCACACCAAUCACCAAUUAAGAACCUGUCUUACAGGCCUUCCACAGGUCAACCUGGUGGGGGCAUUUUCUCAGUUGAUCUCUCUUCCUGACCUAUGUUAACUUGACAUUAAAAGUAGCCAGCACAAGAGGGAAAGUCUUUAAAGAUGAGAGUAGACAGGUUUGAGAGUACGGCUGAGCUGUAAACGACUGCCCUGGUAUGCACAAAGCUCUGAGUUCAAUUACUAGGACCACGUAGACACAUUAAAACAAAUGCCAUUCUUUGAAAAUGGGUUAGCAUUUGAAAUCUAAAAGACUACUCAUAUAUCCUUUAAAAAAAUUUUUUUAAAAAAAAUCGUUUCCCAUAUAUUACAUCUCAACAGCAGUUUUCUCUCCCUCCAGAACUCCCUCCCACUACUCCUCUCCUCUAGAUCUACGCCUCCAUUUCCCUUCAGAAAGAGAGCAGGCCUCCCAGGGAUAUCAACUGAAUAUGGCAUAACGAAUUAUAGUAAGGCUAGGCACCCCCCCCCCCGUAGGCAAGAAUCAGACACCCCCACGUGCAGUAUUAGGAGUCCCGUAAGAACACCACGCUACACAACCAUAACAUACUCAGAGGGCCUGGCUCAGACCAAUGCAGGGCCCAUGAUUGCUGCCUCAGUCUGAGCCCUUCUGAGCCCUUCAUAGUUGAUUCUGCUGGCUGUGAUCCUGUGUCCUCCAUCCCUUGGGCUCCUCCUCUUCCCUCUUCUGUGGGGUUCUCGUGGCUCUGCCUGUGUUUGGCAGUGGGUCUCCUUCUUUUUUUUUUUUUUUUGGUUCUUUUUUUUCCCGGAGCUGGGGACUGAACCCAGGGCCUUGCCCUUCCUAGGCAAGCACUCUACCACUGAGCUAAAUCCCCAACCCCUGGUGGGUCUCCUUCUGUGUCCAUCCACUGCUGGGUGACACUUGUGACAACUGGGCUAGGCGCUGAUCGACUCACACCUACCAUUAAGGUUGCUCUGGAGGUUCAUCAUACAAAAAGGAAAAAGUGUAAGGGUUGCUGACUACCACAGCAAUAAUCGUUAAGAAUGAAAGAUGGCCUCCCAGUAAAACCCAAGCUGAAUAGAAGAAUCUUCAUUAAGUACGGGGGAAUAAAUCUGACAGCACAACACGCCGCCAGUUUACCACAGUAAUGGCUCACUCAUUGUAAAUCUAAGUAGAUCCGUUAUUCAUUCUUUUAAUAAGAAAACUGAGCGUGAUUAAGUCUAGUUUUCCUUCUCCGGCUAAGGCAAAACCCAGUUUCCUUUUUGUCACAAACCAUGAAGAUUUGCUUUUGGCAGAAUUUGACAAGCUCUUUUUAAAAGGAAGAUCUUUUAAGUCUAGGUCAGCAGUCCUCAACCUGUGGGUAGUGACGCCUUUGGUGAACCUCUAUCUCCAUAAAUAUUUACGUUAUGAUUCAUAACAGCAAAAUUACAGCUACGAAGUAGCAACAAAAAUAACUUUAUGGUUGAGGGUCACCGCAACGUGAGGAAGUAUUAAAGUGAGGAACUGUUUUCAAGUGUCUCAGCAUUAGGAAGGUUAAGAACCACUGCCCUAGACAGUUCUUCGAAAGGAGAAAGGCCUGUGUACUUGUCUGCCCACAAAGAAUGACUUCUGGCCAGGAGGAAGGGUGUGUGCUUGGUAUACACAGGCGCUGUGUUUAAACUCCGGGAGGAAAGGAAAGGAAGGAGAAAAGAACGUGAAGCUGAGGAACAUAUGAAAUAGCAGCGUGGGGGUGGGGUGGGGGGUGCCGAUCGUUUCAGCACUUGGGAGGCCAGGGCGAGUUGGAGCUAGAGUGCGUGCCUGUGUAAGAGAAGAGAGGGCCAGGGGAGGUGGCGCUUUGUAAAUCAGGUGGCAUGGAUCUUGCAAAAUUAUUUUUCCUUCUUGACUACAGUGAUGAAGUGUAUUCACAAGAUCUGUAGAAGAGAGUAGAGCCUGGAAGCAGACCCCAUACAUACAGAGUGAGUCAAGUGUUUUAGACCGAAAGAGGGACUGAGGUGGUCGUGUACACCCGUAAUCCCAGCACUCGGAGGCAGAGGCAGGUGGACAGGGCUACUCAGAGAAACCCUGUCUUGAAAAACCAAACCAAAACCAAAACAUUAAAAUGAGAGGAAGGGAGGAGAAAAUGUGAAAAAAAAAUUUAAAGUGUACUGCAGGGAAAUAAUUUUGCAAGAUACAUUGAAGGUCUAGAAACAGAAUGUGUAUGUCCAUAACUAGAAUUUAAUAGCCAUACACGUAGAAAACAAGGAGUAAAUAUGGACUAUUUAUUAAAGCGCAUAUAUGUGAUUUCUAUAUGUGCAUAUACAUGAACACACAUAUAUACAUUAGGAUGGAGAUUGUACAAUUGCAUUUGUUUUAUACUUAAGAGAUUUAUUCCUUAUCUUUUGUGUAUGUUAAUUCUUUGUGUCUAGGUAUCAUGUAAACAUCCAAUUUAAUUUGAUUAUACCCAAUCAUAUAUCUUAUACCCUGAUUAAAUGCUAUUAGAUGUUGCCUGUAUUUUUAGUAAGCACUGUUGUUUAGGCAUGCACGUUGCUUAGCACACCGCUAACCAGUUACCUCAGCUGUGGCACAUGGCCAGUGUGCUCAGUUGUGUUUCCCUCCAUGGACAUGGUCACGUGGGGCACGUGGGGGCCUCACUGUAAUUAGAGGGGGUGUUAGUCAGCCUUGUUCUUCUCUUUGUCUCAGGAAGGUCUUUAAAUGUAUAUGUGUAUUCAAGCAUGAUUUAUUUUUACAUUGUCCUUAGGUAGUUUUAGAAUAAGAUUACACUGGCCUCAGAAUGCAGGUGGCUCUCACUUAUUUUUCCCUGUUUCAGCAAAGAAUUGUAAUUAAUUAAAAUUGAUAAGAAUUUGCUAGUAUCUAAAAAGGUGUUCAAGUCUGGAGUUCUUUUGAGUAGGGAAGGUUUUUGACAAUAUUUUAAGGUUUUUUUUUUUAUUGUUUCUUUUCUUGAAGUUUACCAUUUCAGCUAAAGCAUGUGUAUAUUUUCUCUUGGUUUACAGACUAUUUCUGUAUCAUGUUUAUUAGCAUAAAGUUUCCUAAAGCAGGUUAUUGGAUAGUGGGUAUCAAUUCAGUAUUCGGUAUUCAGAUAUGAUUACAUUGUGACACAUAGAUAUGUAUAGUUGGUACAUAUUGUCUUUCAUUUUCUCUGGUGAUGACUCUCGCUGAGUCAAAGCCCCUUUGGCUUUAGGAACCUUCCGUUUGCAGUUGCUUUUUCCCAUUUUACCUGCUCUUAUGGCUUCCCUCUCUUUUUGUUUACUUGGUUUCCCAUCUUUCUGACUUGAAUGCUUAGUUUGUUUAUUUUUUAUUUUUUUUGUGUUUUGGCUUUUUGUUUGUUUGUUCUGUUCUGUUGUGUUUUGUUUGACAUAGCAUCUCUGUAUGGAGUGCUGGCUGUCCUGGAGCUCACUUUGUAGACCAGGCUGGCCUUAAAGUCACAAAGAUCUGCCUGCCUCGGUCCUUCAGUGCUCGGACUAACUGUGCACACUACAACACACUGCAGCUUAUUAAUUAAUUACUUUUUGAAACUGCUCCUGACUGCUUGUUUUAUCUGUGUCACCCAUAGUUUGAUGUUUUGCAUUUUAUAAUUAACUUCUGAAUAUUUCUUUAAAAACUUAAAAUGUUUGUGUGUGUGCAACACACAGCCAAGUGUACAGACUCAGUUCUCGUCUUCAUCAACUGAGCCACCUUUGCCAGCUCCUAAAUAUUUCCUAAUUCUUCUGUAAUUUACUUAUUAUCUGGAAUAUUAUUUAAUAUGUUUUGUGUGGGAAAAUAGGUAUAACUUGACAUCAAAAAAUGAAAUUUUAUAGGGUGACCAAUUUGAGUUAUAUGUUAAGCAACAGGCUGGCAGAAGAUACCUGAAACAUAAUGUGUUGCAGUUUAGAAUAUGUUACCAUUUUACAGGCCAGAAAAGACAGUCUAGCCUACCCAGCCAGCUCCAGGCCACUGACAGGACCUGUUUCAAUAGAAAAAAGUGAGACUCUUGAGGAAAAAGCCCCCAAGUUUUACAUCCCUCCCCCCUACCCCCAUUCCUGUAAUUCCAGUGGAGGCCGUAGUGUUGGAAGUUCAAGGUCAUCCCGAACUACAAAGCAAGUUUGUGGCUAGCUAGAGUUACAGGAGCCCUUGUGUCUCCCCAUAGCCUCCACAAAGUCUUAGCACGAUAUAUAACUCGGUGGCAGAGAGCUCUCUUAGCAGUGUGGGGCUCUAGGUUCAAUCACUACCAAUGGAAAACAAAUGAAAAACUAAAACCCAAAACUCCCUCUUUGAGAAAGGGAACUGGACUGGAGAGAUGGCUCAGCAGGUAAGAGCAUGUACUCCUCUUUGGCAGAACCCAGGUUCAAUUCCCUGCAACCGUGGCAGGUGGUUCACACCUACCUGCAACUUCCAACUCUUGGAGCAGCUGCACUCACGUGCACACACUACAGAGAGUCAUAACUUAAGAUAAUAAAAACAUAUCAUUAAAAAUGUUAAAGCAGGAACAACUUGUCUAAUAAGAAAGAAAUUUGAUGAAUGCAAUUGGGUACAUUUGUGCACUGAAAUGCUCUGUAGAAUUUACAAGCAGCCGGGGGCGGGGUGGUUCACACAUCUGAUACCAGCAUUCAGGAAGCAAUGACUAGAUUGGUCUACAGAGCUAGUUCCAGGACAGCCAAGGCUACAAAAAGAAACCCUGUCUUUAAAAAAAAAUGUUUUUAACAAAGCAUGCAUUUACUUACAUUAGCAGGGAUUGAGUGUAACUGGGUAAUGAGAAAAAGUGCAUGUAGUGUAAUGACAUUGAUUUAUCUGUGAAAGGCUGAAAUAAUGUCACGUGGGCUCACACAGAGCAGUGAGUAUAGUCAUGCAGCAGUAUAAAGCCGAGUCAAAGAACUGACUUGAAGAGUAUAAUUUUAACCUAGCCCUUCCGUUACUACUUUUAAUUGAUUAACAAACUACCCCCCAAUUUUGCAUUUUAAAGUGCCAACUAUUGCCUGGUGUGGCAGUGCAUGUUUAUGAGGUGCAUGGUUCAGGAGGGAGAGGCAGGUGGAUCCCUGAGUUCAAGUCCAGCCUGGCCUACAAAGCCAGUCUGGCAUAGCCAGGACUACAAAGAGAAAUCUGUCUCAAAAAACAAAAAACAAAAAAAAACAAAACAAAAAAAAAACUCAAAAAACAAAAAGGCAACUACUUACUAUCCCACACAGUUUUUGAGGUUAAUGGUUAGGGUGUGGCUUUGACGCAGGGUCCUGGUUCAGGGUCUUCCACGAGGCUGCAGCCUUGUCAGUUGGGUUAUCAUCUCAAGACUCGAUUAGAGAAAGCUGUCUCCCUGACAGCUCACUGCACACCGCGCUGGUAGGAGCACCUUUAUUCCUGCCCACUGUCUAGCUUUGCGAACUUGUUGGAGUUGCUUGUGACACAGUAUCUGGCCUCCUCCUAGGGUCGUGUCCAGUCACUUCAGCUUUAUUCUGUUUGUUAGGAGUGCAGAUUUAAGUUCAGAGAGAGGAAGAUUAAGCUACAUAUUUUUGAGAAGGAGCUAUAAAAGAGAAACUGUAAUGAGGAAAUUUGUGUGGCAUGAGUAGGAUGUGACUCUUGUUCCUGGGGAGAGUUAAGAGUAAAGGUGCUAGAAUCAGAGUAUUUGGGUUCAAAUUCUGACCCUUUUGUAAUUAUUUAAGCAAGGACCCUGAGAUCCUUCAUCACUCAGGGAUUAGAAUAGUACUAUCUGCUGAAUAGGGAUGUAGACAGGAUACAUGAAUGAAGGUAAAGUACUUAGCAUGCAGGCUUUACCUCUUUUUUUUCUCUUUGCCAGAACUUAUAAGUUUAUAUAGUAUUGUCUUUCUAUAGUUUUAUUAGCAGAAUAUAUACCUUUAUUUAAGGUAUAUAUUAUAAAAGCCUGUGUAUUCAUACUUAGUUAAAAUUCUGCUUAUAACUAACUUUGAUCAUGGAGACUUGAAAAAAUGCAAAUGUGUUUGUAUAUUCAUAAAGGUAUACAUAUUAGAUUCUUGAUAAAUGCAAUAUUGCCAGUUCAUACCUGUAUACAUUCUAGUAGCGGGCCACUCUAGUUACUAUUCUCAGUAAAUAACUGGUGGCUUUUGAAAGCCUGUUUUUAAGGCAGGAUAGACAUGCCUUAACAUUGGCGGCAUUCUGCUUUAUGUUCUGAAUGUAUAGAAAUACUGUUUUCCAGAUGAGUCUUUUUGCAUUAUUUUCUCUGUACAUAUGUGCUAUGCGUAUAAAUUAUUAUGCAAGAAUAUAUGCAGCUUCUAUUUUCUAGGUGCUUAAAAUGUAAGUCAGACAGUGAUACAGAUAGAUAAUCAAGAUGUACAUUCAGCAAAGCAUAUACAUGCUUACACUCACACACAUUGCCUCAGAUAUAUCUGAAACACAGUUAAGCUAAAAGUUCAAGUGUCCUAGAUUGAGAAAUCUAUUUUAUUGUUUUUAAGCCACAUUAAUCUGUCACCUACACACCACACACAUCCCUUCCUUUGGUUUCCAUUUACCUACAAAUAGAAUACAUGGAAAAUGUGUUACUGGAGCAGAAAUUCUGAUUUGUUAUCAGUUUCAAUGAUCUGCCUAAAGUCAUUAAAUUACCCUUUGGUAUUCCUUAUCUUUCUUGAUAUAGAAACUGUUAAAGAUGCUGCCUGUCAAUGGCAGAUUCUUAUUUCUAAAUGAUAGCAAAGAAAAAUAAGAGCUAUCAGUUAGCUGAUUCCUUUUGUCCUAUGCGUGGCAGUCUUAAGUAAACCCAUCUUGAUGCUGCAGUGGUGUUGGGUAAACUUAUAAAACCAUAUCAUGUUAUAUUACUGUCAAACUUUAUAUGCAGUUAAUUGAGAUAAAAUGUGUAACCCUACCAUUACAGAUGAUUAUUUUUUAUUCAGUAACUUUUAUUGAACAAACAAAAUGUAUUGGGAGGUGCAUUUUACAUAAAAUGUGUGGUGAACAACUUUGGGGUAACAUUUUGUUUCAGUUUUUAUGUUAAGAUAUUCUGAAACAGGCAAGGCAUUUAGUUAGGUCUUAUUCCCUGUAUUUCCACUAAUUUAUUGCCACUAAUUAGCCAUUAUUUUCCUUUCCUUGUUAUAGUAUGUCACUUUAAAGGAAAACGGUUUUUUAAAAGAUGAUUUAUAUCUUUAAGCUAUGGGUGGAUACGUUCAUCUGUCCAAGUCAACCAAAUAAAAGUGAGGGCACAGGAAUUUCAUGGCCAGCAAACCGAGCGACUCUAAUCCAGUCUCCCCGAGGCUGCCCGGCGGCUCUUUUCUGUUUACUAAUUACCUGUCUAGUGUACUCUGACUUCUGUAGAGAAGGCAGGACCAAGUCGUUUUUGAAGUAGUUGGAGACUCCUGACUUCCCUAGUGAUGUUUCUAGAAUAUUUUCUAGGUACAAGUUUUUUAAAGUGCAGUUCCUUCAACGGAACUGAUUGUAUGUUGCAUAAGCGCUGGGAAGGCCAAAACAAGUUAAAAAGCCACCUUUAUGUACAGCUGCGGGACUAGGAAUUAGGUCUUUUCUAGGAAGAAAAAUUUGAUUCAUGGCUCUUUUCCAGAGGGGACAUUUGCAGACUUCGCUUCCGCAGAACGUGAAGCGCGCCUCUUCCUGCCGAGGCCCGCGUCCCCGAGGGCGGCCUGCGGCUCCCCAGCCUCAGGUGUCCGUGCGGCCGCUGGCUGCCGGCGCCCGGGACUUCCUGUCUGGGCGCGGGGCGGAAGGAUCGCGUUGCCAGCCGGGGCCGCCGCCGCCCCUGCCGUUAGGUGGUGGGGCUGCUCAGCCCGGCGGCGGGAGGCGGGCCGGCCGCCGCUUCCUGUCGGAGGACGCGCAAGGAUCCGGGCGUCGGAGUGUGUGCGAGUGCGUGAGUGUGUGCCGCCCGCACGGCGUGUGUCUCCGGCCGCGGGUUCCGCCUUCUCCCCUGUCGCCGCUGCUCAGGGUGUAAGUCAAUGUGAAGCAGCAGUUCCAGCCCCGGGAUAAACAUGGCGACGUCUCUGCAUGAGGGACCCACGAACCAGCUGGAUCUGCUCAUCCGGGCCGUGGAAGCAUCAGUUCACAGCAGUAAUGCACACUGUACGGAUAAGACCAUUGAAGCUGCUGAAGCCCUGCUUCAUAUGGAGUCUCCUACCUGCUUGAGGGAUUCAAGAAGUCCCGUGGAAGUGUUUGUCCCUCCUUGUAUAUCAACUCCAGAGUUUAUCCAUGCUGCGAUGAGGCCAGAUGUCAUUACGGAGACUGUAGUGGAGGUGUCAACAGAGGAGUCUGAACCAAUGGAUGCCUCGCCUAUCCCUACUUCACCAGACAGCCACGAACCAAUGAAAAAGAAGAAAGUUGGCCGUAAACCAAAGACCCAGCAGUCACCAGUUUCCAAUGGGUCUCCUGAGUUAGGAGUCAAGAAGAAAGCCAGAGAAGGAAAAGGAAACACAACCUAUCUGUGGGAGUUUCUUUUAGAUCUGCUUCAAGAUAAAAAUACUUGUCCCAGGUAUAUUAAAUGGACUCAGAGAGAAAAGGGCAUAUUCAAGCUGGUGGACUCAAAGGCUGUCUCGAAGCUCUGGGGAAAGCAUAAGAACAAACCAGACAUGAACUAUGAAACUAUGGGGCGAGCUCUGAGAUACUACUACCAAAGGGGAAUUCUUGCAAAGGUUGAAGGACAGAGGCUCGUAUAUCAGUUCAAGGACAUGCCCAAAAACAUAGUGGUCAUUGAUGAUGACAAAAGUGAGACUUGCCCGGAAGACUUGGCAGCAGCUGCUGAUGACAAGUCUUUAGAACGAGUGUCACUAUCUGCAGAAAGUCUCCUGAAGGCAGCGACUGCCGUCCGAGGUGGGAAAAACUCAUCUCCUAUGAACUGCUCCAGAGCAGAGAAGGGUGUGACUAGAGUUGUGAACAUCACUUCCCCUGCUCACGAUGCUUCAUCCAGGUGUCCUACCACCACAGCACCCGUGUCAGCAGCAGCAGCUCCAAGGACAGUUCGUGUGGCAAUGCAAGUCCCUGUGGUAAUGACAUCACUGGGUCAAAAGAUUUCCACUGUGGCAGUUCAGUCAGUCAAUGCAGGCACACCAUUAAUAACCAGCACCAGUCCAGCUACAGCCAGCUCUCCAAAAGUAGUCAUCCAGACGGUCCCGACUGUGAUGCCAGCCUCCGCUGAGAAUGGAGACAGAAUCACCAUGCAGCCUGCCAAGAUUAUCACCAUCCCCGCUACCCAGCUUGCACAGUGUCAGCUGCAGACAAAGUCAAAUCUGACUGGGUCAGGAAGCAUUAGCCUUGUUGGAACCCCCCUGGCUGUGAGAGCGCUCACCCCUGUUUCAAUAGCCCACGGUACACCUGUGAUGAGACUAUCUGUGCCCGCUCAGCAGGCUUCUGGCCAGACUCCUCCUCGAGUUAUCAGUGCGGUCAUAAAAGGGCCAGAGGUUAAAUCAGAAGCCAAAAAGCAGGAACACGAUGUGAAAACUUUGCAGCUGGUAGAAGAAAAGGGGGCAGACGGAAAUAAGACAGUAACCCAUGUAGUGGUUGUCAGUGCGCCCUCUGCUAUCGCCCUUCCUGUGACUAUGAAAACCGAAGGGCUGGUGACGUGUGAGAAAUAAGCAAGCUCCCAGGGACUUCAGACUGUUAGUGUUGUACUGACAGACAUUUGCAAGGGAAGUCAUCGGGAAAAGGCAGAGGAGGACUUUCAAACAACUGUGCAUAGAAGAAAGCAAUCAGACUUACUGGAAAUAAAUUACCUAUCCCAUGUUUCAGUGGGAAGUGAACUACACAUUGAGAUGCUGACAGAAAACUGCCUCUUAAAGUAAGAACAACUGAACCCUCAAUAAGAAAAAAGACUGAAAGGGACCAAGCAGCUCACUACAAUCUCCCGUUACACUAAGAGUUGGAACACUAACACCUGUAAGAGGUUACAUAGUUUUCAGAGGGGCGGGGUUGGGAUGGGUGAUGUCAUUGUUACAAAUAGCAUUUUUUGAUGCAUUUUAUAUGCAUACCAGCAAUUAGCACUGGGCUCUCGCAGUGCUCACUUAACUGGUGCUAUGUGAAGACUCUGCUAAUACAGGUAUUCUAGAAUGUGAACUGAGUGAUCCAAAAGCUUCACAGAGAGAGAGGAUAGCAAGAUCUAGUGCGCUUUUGUUUGUUUGUUUUGUUUUAUUUUUUGAUUUUGAAUAUAUAUAUAUAUAUAUCAUAGCUUAAGCUGUUUUAAAACAAAGGCCUUAGACUAAUUUUCAGUUUCCUUUCUUGAAAUAAGCUAAUGGCUUGUGUAAAGCUUUUUUAUUAAAAGAAAAAUUUUAAAAAUCUUGUACCUAGCACAGUAUUGUUAUAGAGUUUCCAUGUAACAUUUUCUAUGGUAGUUUAAGUCUGUCGGUUUCUUACUUGUGAAGAGAUUAACAGUUGGCUCUGGCCCUUGACUGUACCAUCCCUGCGCCGCUCAAGUCACCCUGCCGUCCGUCCGUCCGUCCGUCCGUCCUUCCGUCCGCAGACACACCGGUAUCAGUUCUUCUGUCAUUUGACAUUCAGGCUCGCAUGAACUCGCCAGGUAGCUCUGAUACCUGGUGUUUGUUUCCUUUCUCAUUCUUUUUCCUUUUCUCCCUUUUUUCUCUUUUUCUUUUUUAGUUGACAUUUAAGAGGGAAAGUACCAGUGUUCAGAUUUGAACUAUAAUAGUUUGUAUAUUCAACAUUUGAAGUAUAUUCUAUUUUGUUGUACUCUUGUUUCAAAGUGUAUUCAAGUAGGUUUUGAAAUAUAGAAGUGAAAUUUA